CAGCGCUCGCACCAUUGGUCCGUACAGCAAUAUCCAUUUCUGCGUUUCCCCGCUCGGCCGCUCGCAAACACCGACAACCAUGGCGGCGCUCUGCUCCGCCGCCUCGCCUGCCAUCUCCAGAGCCGCGGCUCUCGGCCUGUCCGCGCGCGGUGGAGCCAUCUCCUUCCUCCGCCUCCGCCUGCGCGAGGCCGCUUCGCGCUCUUGCUACGCCGCCGCCGCACCGCGAGCGGUGAGGGCACCGUCGUGGCGAGCCCAGCGGCGCUUCGCCGCAUCGGCUGCUUCCACUACCGAGGAGGACGCAGACGUCGAUACUAUGAUCCCGCCCGAUGACCGUAUCCCGGCCACUAUUAUCACCGGCUUCCUCGGCUCCGGCAAGACAACUUUACUAAAUCACAUAUUGACUGCUCACCAUGGAAAGCGGAUCGCUGUAAUUGAGAACGAGUAUGGAGAAGUCGACAUUGAUGGUUCGCUAGUUGCUGCACAAACUGCUGGAGCUGAGGAUAUAAUGAUGCUUAACAAUGGUUGCCUUUGCUGCACUGUGCGUGGUGAUUUAGUACGUAUGAUCGGUGAACUGGUUGACAAGAAGAAGGGCAAGUUUGACCAUCUUGUUAUUGAAACUACAGGUUUAGCAAAUCCAGCUCCCAUAAUACAGACAUUCUAUGCAGAAGAUACAGUUUUUAAUGAUGUCAAGCUGGAUGGUGUUGUUACUUUAGUAGAUUCAAAGCAUGCAAGGUUGCAUUUGGAUGAAGUAAAGCCCAAGGGUAUUGUCAAUGAGGCAGUUCAGCAAAUUGCGUAUGCUGACAGAAUUAUUGUUAACAAGACUGACCUUGUUAGCGAGACUGAAGUAUCUUCCUUGGUUGAGCGUAUAAGGAGUAUCAAUCGCAUGGCAAAUUUGAAACGCGCAGAGUAUGGUAAAGUUGAUCUGGAUUACGUGCUUGGAAUCGGAGGCUUUGAUUUGGAGAGGAUUGAGAGUGCUGUCUCUGAGGAGCCACAUGAUAACCACGCAGAGCAUGAGCAUGGGCAUCACCAUGAUCACCAUCAUCACCAUCAUGAUCAUGACCACAGACAUGACCAUCAUGCGCAUGAUCACACCCAUGAUCCUGGUGUUUCUUCUGUAAGCAUUGUUUGCGAAGGGGAGAUGGAUCUUGAAAAGGCUGACAUGUGGUUGGGGAACCUACUACUGGAACGCAGUGAUGACAUAUACCGCAUGAAGGGGUUACUCUCUGUCAGUGGAAUGCCUCAACGCUUUGUCUUUCAGGGAGUGCAUGACAUAUUCCAGGGAUCACCCGACAGAAUGUGGGAGCCAAAUGAGCCGCGCAUCAACAAGAUUGUGUUCAUCGGCAGGAACCUCAACAGAGAAGAGCUGGAGACGGGCUUCAAGGAUUGCCUGCUGAAGCAAUAGGCGAGAGACCCCUGAGCUUCUCUGUUCUCUUAGUCACUGGAUGGAUCUCCAGCUUCAUGAUUUUGAGCUUUGCGGCUGCAGAAGUUAUCCUUGAAAGUCGAAACUGAUAUAGAUGUGAUUUGAGAACUGACAUGAAACGCGAGAUGUACAUAUCGGGGAACAGUAACAACCCUGCUACCUUGCUGUCGUUUACAGCCAUCUAUAGUACCUUGAUGCUGCAGUGUGUCACUUUGUUCUAUCGCCUGUAGAAACCGUCCCUGUGAUUCGAGUAAUUGCAUUGUGUACUACUAGUACUAUUUGCUGGGAGAUUCUCAAGACUA